AUGACAUUGAAGUUACUGUUUCUAUGGAUACUCAAUACACUGUUCAUAGGAAGCGUAACUGCAAUGGCAUUUAGAACGGUACCGCUGCAUGGGGGCAACACGAGUAACCCAGCAAUCAGCUCUACGUGUGCCCUGUGCCGGCCACGUUAUUCCCUCGAUGGUGGUAGUUGCUAUGAUCCCGUGAAGGAAAUUUGUUGUGACGGUAAAAUAUAUAACAUUGAAAGAACUCCGUCACUUCGUUGUUGUGGGGAUACACCAUACAUGCCGGACACCCAUUCCUGCUGCGGACCUCUCACAACUGAUCAGUAUCGUAUCAUCACAAGUUCAUCGGAAAUAUGUUGUAGCGACUCCGAGGGCGUGGCAUGGGUGCAUUCUGUUAUCGGGAAAGGACGUGUGAUGUGCUGCGGAGGGAAGGCAUUCGACUCUGACAAGAAGAUAUGCUGUAAAGGGCAUUUGCACAUGAACACUUCUUCGUCAAGAUGCUGUGGACACAGGACGUACUCCAGCGAGACUCACAUGUGCUGUAAUAAAAAAAUCAUCCGUAUACGAAAUGGGCGUGCCCACUGUUGUGCUAGUACAGUCUACAAUCCGCCCCGCGAAGCCUGCUGCAAUGGACAAGUUGUUAUAGGGCAUAAUAAGGAAAACGUAUCCAACGACGAAACAUGCCAAGAUUUAAGCCAACGUACAGUUGCAUCACUUCCGGAACGUCUAGAUUUGCCAUGUGGUAACGACACCUAUGAUCCGUUGCAUGAGCUCUGUUGUGACGGUGUCCCACACUACAUGGAUGCUGGCGAUACGGAACGUGUAUCGUGUUGCGGAAGACAAACAUUCAGACCAGAAACUGACCUGUGCUGCAAUGGAGUCGUUUUCCUGGGAUCAGAUGAGCUGGAUAUUACAAAUAGAAGAUGCUGUGGAAUACAAACUAUACUCGUCUACAAUUCCAAAUUACAAAUGUGUUGCGACGAACAGAUAUAUAAUAAACAUUCGUCUGGAUGCGACGGUUUGACGAAAGAUAUAUUCGUAUCCAUUGGUGGUCUCGACUAUAACGGUUGCGGAACCAGUAUGGACAAUUCUUGCCGAACCAUAGCGUAUGCAUGGCUAUUGUUGAAGUACGGCGACACAUUGAAGAUUGACGGCAGAAACAGUGAAAAUAACCCGUACAAAGUUUGCGCAUCCUUUGAUGGAUUCGGGCUGACAUGUAACAAAUCAAUUACAAUUCAAGGCACGAAUUCACCGGCGUAUAUUAGUGGGGGAAAUCGCUGUAAUGUGUUUUCGUUCUACGGAAUACCAAGCACUAAACCAAUUUCAGUAACACUGUCUGGUUUGACGUUCGUCAAUAUUUCAGCGCUGACAUAUGACAAUGGUGCGAUUUCUGCGAUUGGUGUUAAUUUACACGUAUUUGACUGCGUGUUUUCGAAUACCCAAGAUGGCUAUGCAGUGUGGUACGAGCCAGGGAGCGUGAUACUAAAUGCAAAUAUGUGCCUGAAAAUCAAUAUUAGCCGAUUUCUGAAUAAUUUCGGCGGUUUAAGGAUAGUGUUACCCAAGUCAAACAGUUCAAAUAAUAGUACUGUUUCAGUGAUGGUAUCAAAUACUUUUUUCCAAGACAAUACACGUUAUGGCAGUUUAGUAUUGACAAAUAUCGGCUCAGUGAACUUGACAGUUGAAGCCACCAAAGUACAAAUUUCACGAAGCGCCAAUGAGCUUGGCGGCGCCCUCCAUCUUGGACCUUUGCAGACUGACGGGCCAAUGCCAACACAAACACCGUCCCUGCAGGAUAAUAUGUUUCAAGAAAUGGAUUCCAAUGACGACGGAUACGUUUCAGUAAUUAAAGAAACACACAACAUGGAAAUUGAUUAUAAUAUCCGUUCUUACAUAUUUUUUAAUGACUGUAUUUUUAAUCACAAUAACGCAAGGGAAAUGGGAGGCGCUAUUUAUGCUGAUACACCAGACUUUUCAGAGUUGAUAUUUUCAAACAUGUCAAUACUCCACAAUUCUGUAUCUAAUACAUUUAAAACCGGGAAGGGCGGUGGUAUUUACCUUAAUGGAGGCCAUGUCACAUUCCUUAACGUAACGAUGGUUGAUAACAACGCCACGUUUCUCGGUGGCUCUGUCUACAACGAUAUUGACACUAAAAUACUAGAGAUUAUUGACAGUUCUUUUGAAACCAGAGUACAGGGUGAUCAAUCUUCAUCACAGAACGGGGAGUUGCUUUUUUCCAUAUCCAACAUAAUAGACAUAUCAAACUCCAGUUUUAUAGUGACAUCAGCAUCUCUGACAAACAUUACAGCUGUGUUCAUCAGUGCUAAACUAAACUAUACCAUCGACAGUGAGACACUCAUUAGAUGUGACUCUGGCUAUAACAUAGCUAUAGACAGCGUUUGCAAGAAUGGCGGAACCAUUUCAUCUUUUAAUUGCAUACCUUGUUCAAAAUCAACCUACAGCUUCGAUCACGGCUACAGUUCGGGAUGGGAAGUGUACCCCAUAGACUGUUUACCAUGCCCGAAAGGAGGAGAUUGUGAACAUGCACAUGUCCACGCCAGACCAGGCCAGUGGGGUUACCAAGACAAUACAUCGCUGAUAAGCAAAGCAAUAUUCCAGCCAUGUCCUUCUGGAUAUUGCUGUGAUAACCACGACCAGCACGAAUGUCCAUCCUUCAACUCGUGUCCAAGAAAUCGCACGGGAAUUCUAUGCAGAAGAUGCAAAGAUGAGUACUACAAUGUUCUUGGUUCGACUGCGUGCGUUCACAUUUCAGAUUGCUCAAAGGAACAGGCUAUCUGGCAGAUAAUCCUUCUUAUUCUAGGAGUUCUAUUGUUUUACUUGUUCCUACUAUUCAAAUCGGAACUGACAGAGUUCAUAUAUCAGACAUAUAUCAUGAAAAUAAAAAGUGAAAAGAAAAAUGAUUCAGACGAUGACGGCGGUGACAUAUCUCCAAGCCAUUCUAGUGAACCAAGUAUUAAAAACGAUGAAUACAAAAGACCGUGGCUACGGGAACAUGGCCUGCCAUGGCAGUCAUCUGAUGACUAUGUUAAGAUUGUGUUCUUGUUUUACCAAGUAGUGGAUCUUCUAAUUGUGGAGGACACCUCCUUUCCGCGAUCACAUAUUUCAAGCGUCCAAAUCUUUGUCGUUAAGCUGUUCAAUUUUCAAAUGGUUCCUCCAUUCCUAACUACAUGUGUAGACAAUAACAGCAAGGUAUUUCUCAAUUCGUGGCAAUAUGAAUUACUGUUAUUUUUGUGGGUUAUCGUUGGUUCCAAAUACGUAUUUGGCUCUGUCGUAUGCAGAGAAUGUUCAAUCCGAUGUACGAAAUGUCCGAGGAAAGUCUCAAGAUUUAAUAGUCGUAUUACAAAGGCAUAUAUGCAGAUACUUAUCUUGGGUUAUGUGGUAUUGUUGAAACGCUUGCUCAAGCGAAUUCACACCACAGAGAUAAAUAAUAAACCUGAAACAACGUAUGACCCGACUGUCGAAUCCUGGGAAUGGGUGUGGUAUACUUCUGUUGUUUAUGUGUUCACUGCAUUAUUCCCCUUUUGUGUUGUUGUUUCUUUGGGUGCAUAUCUACUCGAGAAGAAAUACAUCGGCGUUUCCCAGUACCUUCUUGCAUGUAUCUUUCCUUUACCAUUCAUUCCUGUUUGGUUGUACUGCUAUUAUUGCGCACAUGGUAAGACAUCAAAGGAUUACAUUAAAAUGGACGAUAAUGGUCACAGUUACCCUAUUUUGGAGGUUUUACAGUCACCUUUUAAAGUCGGAUCACGAUACUGGGAAAGUGUAUUCCUAUUCACUAAGCUGGUGUUAGUCUGGUGCAAUGUUUAUAUUUUGAAUGCGUUCCUGCAAUCGCUGGUGAUGCGUAUUGGAACACAGUACACGCCAGUCAUCUAA